CAAUUUACUAUUUUACCCUUUAUAUUUUCUUUCCCUCUUUCCCUCCCAUAUUUCAAUUGAGAGAGCCAAAGAGAGAGAGAGAGUAGGGUUUCAGCUCAGUCUUCGAAACGGAAAAGCAUACGAUCCUCAACACAGAAAUCGGUGUCGUUUCAGGUAAAGAACUGAGAGGGGAGGAUAUGGAAAACCAAUCUUCGAUUGGUAAUGCACCAAGGAAAGGGCUUAGUGACAUAACCAACUUGCAGCAGCAACCCAUAGUGGUGAGCCAAGGUGCGAAGCUGCUGCUGCAACCUGCUUCACUCAGGAGUAAAGAUUACAUCGGCAACCUCCAAAAGGAAAAUAUGAUGCUGAUGAAAGUUCUUGCAGAUCGAAAUCAAGUCAUAGAAUUGAGUGGAAUUGAGUUACAGAAACUGAGAACCAAUUUGGAGAAGUUUCAGCAACAGAACUUGCUGCUUGCCCAAGCAAACAGCCAGAUGUUAGCGGAACUUAAUUCAGGCAAAGAUAGGCUAAAAGCCCUUAAGCAUGAGCUGGGAUGUAAAAAUGCUGUGCUUAAAGCAAUUAAAACAGAGGAGAAAGCUCAAAAUAAGGCUUGCCUGACAUCCGAAAAUGAGGUGAGAACAAACAAGUGUGAUGAGGAAGGUGAAUCCCAUAAAGUAGAAGAUGGAGAGGAUGAAACUUGUAAUAUGAACAGGUGUAACAAGGCAGGUGAAUCCCUUAUAGAAGAAGAUGGAGAGAAUAAACCUUGUAAUAGGAACAGGAGGCGGCAAUCAAAAAGUCUAUGUCCUAAUAUUAAACCAGUCCAAGCCAAGGAGCCGGUCGACAACAAAAGCAGGGUUUGUUUAAGAAGGCAAUCUACUAGGUUUAAAGCCCAAAAACCAGAACUGACUGAAGAUGCGUUUGUAGAUGAUACAAAAUUUCUUGUUUCUUCUUCCUGUGAUGAUAAGGUGCAUGAGAGUGGCCUUUCUGAUUCAUCAGUCAAAAAAGAACAUGAAGAAGGAAGUACUAACAACAAAAGGGUUUGUUUGAGAAGGCAAUCUGCUAGGUUUAAAACCCAAGAACCGGAACUGACUGAAGAUGUGUUUGAUGUAGAUGAUACAGCAUUUCUCAUUUCUUCCUGCGAUGAUAAGGUGGAUGAGAGUGGCCCAACAUCUUCUCAUUCAUUAGUCAAAAAAGAACAUGAAGAAGGAAGUAUCACCCCUAGAAAUGAAGCUCAAGAACUUAGGAGAAUAUCUGUGGGAAGGCCUUUGCGCCGAGCUGUUGAGAAGGUCCAAUCCUACAAGGAAAUUCCAGUUAAUGUGAAGAUGCGCAGGAUAGAGUGAGUUCAUUUUCUUUGCUUCUACCAUGCAUUUUGUUUAGGGUGUACUUAAACUAGGUUGAGAUGCAUCGACUAUCCUUGUACCACUAUACUGUUGUUUCUGUAUAAUCUGUUCAUACAAAACUGCUCCUUUUUC